AUGGGUAUCGAUAUUGCAAAGCACCACGUCAAGAAGGGCCAGCGCACUGCGCCCAAGAGCGAGGACCCGUACCUUCUUUUGCUGGUCAAGUUGUAUCGCUUCCUCGCCAGGCGGACAGAUUCAAACUUCAACAAGGUCAUCCUACACCGUCUGUUCCUCUCCAAGACGAACCGCCCGCCCAUCUCGCUCUCCCGCAUUGUCAAGGAGACUUCUUCCGCUCCUGACCGUGACUCGAAGGUCAUCGUGACCAUCGGCACAGUCACCGACGACGUCCGUCUUCUCGAGGUGCCCAAGUUGACUGAGCGCAUCCUCAAGGCCGGUGGCGAGGUGUUGACCCUCGACCAGCUCGCGACCCGUGCUCCUACCGGUUCGAACACCAUCUUGCUCCGCGGUAAGCGCAACUCGCGUGAGGCCGUCAAGCACUUCGGUAUGGGGCCCCACAAGCACAAGAAGCCCUUCACCACUUCCAAGGGCCGCAAGUUCGAGCGCGCCCGUGGUCGCCGAAAGUCGCGUGGCUUCAAGGUGUAAACCACCCUCUGAAAAUCGGCGUGAAGUCGAUGGGUGUGUGGGUGCGGGCGACGUACACCACUACAGUUGGAUGGCCAGGGAUAUGUACCUCUAUAUGCAUGUCAUGCAAAAGGGUGACGCUACUCUACGACUCUAUGUUUAUCUCCUAUCCCGAUGCAAUGAUGUAUGGCCAUCUUCCCUCGCAGGAAGGGUGUUCCGCGUCAUGUUAGCUGCAUAGAUGGAUAAGUUACGUCCCAGUGUGUUGCGUGUCUUUCGAUGUUGCGGAUUCAACGCUAAACAAUCUUACGUGG